CAUUUGCCUUAGCUGCUGCUCACUCACAGUCAGAAACAAGCAACCAACCCAAACAUGGUCUCCCUCAAAUUGCAAAAGCGCCUCGCUUCCAGCGUUCUUAAGUGCGGUCGUGGCAAAGUUUGGCUUGAUCCAAAUGAAGUUAACGAAAUCUCCAUGGCUAAUUCUCGCCAAAACAUAAGGAAGCUGGUUAAGGAUGGGUUUAUAAUCAGGAAACCCACCAAGAUUCACUCCAGGUCCCGUGCUCGUAGAAUGAAGGAAGCUAAGAGGAAAGGAAGACACUCUGGAUAUGGUAAGAGGAAGGGUACCAGAGAGGCAAGGCUUCCCACAAAGAUCCUUUGGAUGAGGAGAAUGCGUGUUCUCAGACGUUUGCUCCGCAAGUACCGUGAGGCUAAGAAGAUUGACAAGCACAUGUACCAUGACAUGUACAUGAAGGUUAAGGGUAAUGUGUUUAAGAAUAAGAGAGUUCUGAUGGAGAGCAUUCACAAGUCCAAAGCUGAGAAGGCUAGAGAAAAGACCUUGUCUGACCAGUUUGAGGCCAAACGUGCCAAGAACAAGGCCAGCCGUGAGAGGAAGCAUGCUAGGAGGGAGGAGCGUUUUGCUCAAGGUCCUGGAGGAGAGAAGCCAGCAGAAGCUCCUAGUGCUGCACCUGUUGCUGCAACAAAGCCAACCCAGACCCAACCGCAAAAGAAAUCAAAGAAGGCCGCUGCAGUCUGAGAUUGCUUGGCAGAAUUGUUGGGCUGACAUCCUCAGUUGCUGUUCUAAAGUAGUUUUGACGAGUCUUUUUGUUGGUUUAAGACAUUGUUUAAUUUUUCAGUUAUCAGGUGUAUGAAUUUAUAAUAGUCCCUGUUCUAAAUGGUGUUUUGCUGUUUUUGUUAUGAUUUUGUUGCGGAAACACUUUGGUUAUACUUUGCUAGUUAUGUUUUUAUACUUUGCUAAUGGCUUUAUUGAUCUCAA